AUGUCGCAAAGAGAACGUCGUUCUAAUGCUGGCAAUCGCAUGGCAAAGUUGCUCGACGAAGAAGAAGACGAUGAUUUCUAUAAAACUACUUACGGUGGUUUUCAAGAUGUGGAAGAAGAUGGAGAUUAUGUUGAAGAAAAGGAGGCAGAAGAUAUUGUAGAUUCUGAUUUUGAUAUUGAUGAAAAUGACGAACCGGUUUCUGAUCACGAUGACGAAGAAAAACAAAAAAGGAAAGUUGACACCAAAGCUUAUAAGGAUCCAAAUAGAAAACGAAAAAGAGGUGCAGAUAAACAAAAAAAAGUUAUUGUGAAGAAACCAAGAGAAAUAAAACCUAAAGAUGACACUACUUCAGCUUUACUGGGGAAAGUUGACAAAUCAUUUAUGGUUAAUUCAAAAGAACGAAAGUCAAUAAGGCAAAGCACAGCAGUCAAAUCGGCAGAAACUCUGCAACGGAUCAAGAUCAGAUCGGAGCUGAAAAGAAAGAAACCAAAAAGAGUAGAGGAGAGGGUCUUAACUCAAGAGGAAUUGCUGGAAGAGGCGCUUAUAACUGAAAAAGAAAAUCUUAAAAGCUUAGAGAGAUUUGAGCAGAAUGAAUUAGAGAGGAAAAAAGUGCGCCCUAUAAAAAAAACAAUCACUGGGCCUGUUAUAAGGUAUCAUUCAUUCGCCGUUCCAGUGCCAUUAGACUCGGAAACAACUUCUUCAGAAGAAAAGCCAAAUUCUGCCAAAUUGGAUGACAUUGGUCCUUGUGAUUUGGUAAAGAAUGAGGAUGGUUUAAUAACGCUGAGCGAUCAAAGCGAUACCAACACUCCGAAAGCAGAAAUGAAAUCGGAAACAGAAAACAAUGAGGCUAAAGCGGAAGAUACCUAUAAAACUAAAUUGGAAAUGGAGGUUGUUGGUCCGGACGAUGAAAUUAAUAUUGACGAUGUUAAUAUUAAAGAAGAAAAGAAGCGUAAUAAGCCGAAGUACAACAAUUGCAAGUUCUACGAAAGGACUUUGAUUUCAUUCGAGAAUGACAUAAAAGACAAAGCAUUCAAUGCCUGUUUCCCAAAAUCGCAGCCCAAGAAGAAACGGGAGCUACUGUGUGCUGUCACUAAGCGACCAGCACGUUAUAUAGACCCGAUAACAAAGCUGCCAUACAGAAGCGUGGACGCUUUCCGUAUAAUCCGUGAGGCGUAUUACCAACAGUUGGAAGCUAGAGGCGAUCGUUCAGACCCUCAGGUGGCGGCCUGGCUUCAAUGGAGGCGAGCUGAUGCCGCGUCUACAUAUGUCCAAAUACAUAUUAAAUGA